AUGAGGGUUGGCAUCGGUGAUGUCCCAGUCGUGGUCACCGUUCCCGCCUCCGCGUCUCUCAACGUGAUGACAGGCGAGGACAGCAUGAGCGACGACGUGUUUGAAGUCGAGGACGAGGGUAAAGCGGCGUCCGCUGGCUUGACGCCCGGUACCACGGAACAACCAUUGACCACAACACCGUCCCCGACCGGGUACCGUGACUACAAACCACCUGCGGAAGUGUUCGCCGAAAAUUAUGGCUACUCGACCACGACUGCCAGCAGAGACUACGACAACGUACGCAGCGGCCUGAAGAGGAGCAAAGAGGAGGACUCCGGUAUGGCGCACAAGACAAUCUUGCUCGGGGACAGCGGAGUCGGCAAGACCUCGCUGUUGGUCCAGUUCGAUACCGGCCGAUUCCAGCACGGGAACUUCGCGGCCACUGUUGGUAUUGGCUUCACGAAUAAGGUGGUCGUCGUCGACGACACAUCCGUCAAACUUCAAAUUUGGGACACCGCCGGCCAGGAAAGAUUUCGAAGUGUGACGCACGCGUACUACAGAGACGCCCACGCUCUUUUAUUGCUGUACGACGUGACGAACAAGACGAGCUACGACAACAUCAGGGCCUGGCUGAGCGAAAUUCGGGAGCACGCGAACGAGGACGUCGUCAUCAUGUUGCUGGGAAACAAGUCGGACUGCGGAACCGAACGAGUCGUGAAGAGGGAAGACGGCGAACGACUGGCGCAAGAGUACAAAGUUCCCUUUAUGGAGACCUCUGCUAAAACCGGCCUGAACGUCGAAUUGGCCUUCCUCGCUGUAGCCAGAGAUUUGAAAGCGAAGAAGAGCAACGACCCGGACGACACGAGAUUCAACGUCCAGGAUUACGUUCGUCAACAGUCGCAACGGAGUUCUUGCUUCAGCACCAAUUGCCUGACGACCUGAAUUGCGCAAUAGCCCAACGCGCACGUUUCCCGACGAUAGAUCGAGCGAACGGUGGAACGCGGACCGGAACUCGUUGGCCGCGAGAAUGGCGCGGGUAUGUCGUGGCCGUUCGAGUGUUCGUAAAACAACGGACCGAGCACGACGGCGGAAAUCAGGAACGUAUUUUCUAGCCGCGGAAAAAGCCGACGAAAGCACACACAUUAGCACAAUUCGAAAGAGUCGAAGAUCACGCCACGGGUUUUCGACGAGACACGCGCCGGGAAAAACGGGGACUGAUUUAAAAGAUUUCGAUUGAGAAAAAGAAAAACGGAAAAAACUUUUCGAUUCGCGCGGCGCUGUUUGUUCCACCGGAAGCGUGCUAUUCGGAAUUACAUUCGAUUAGUUUGCACAAACGACAGGGAAAUG